CUUGAAUUGCAGCCUGAGCCCUUCUGUUUGAUUCUAGAAGAGCAACGUCCCGCACUGCCAAUUCGGGGGGACAGACACAGUGACAGCUGCCGGCUGCACAGGGGGGUGCCUCUAGGCUCUAAAAGCUUCACUACGCCUUCAGCCUGGCUACGCCUUGGUACCUUAAAAGUCCAGUGCUAAAAAAACGACAACCCGACACAAACAAAACCUCCUCCACACCUCAUUACUUCCCCCCUCAAGAAUCCUCCAUCUCCAAACUCUGCACAGUUACUUGACAUUGUUUCCGUGCCGCCCAAUUCUAUCCCCUAAGACCUGAACGCUGCGUUUUGAACCCCGCGUUCGCAUCGUGUUACUACCGUCCACCAGCCUUGCGCGCACCAACGUUUAGUGGACAAGCACACACGACACCAACCCACGAUUGUCGUAUUGACGUUGCGAGCACCUUUUUGCCAUCGUCUUUACGCCCUCUCUUCAGCAUGGCUGCUCCAGCUCCCCAAGCCGCCGUCUCCAAGUCGGCCAAAAAGAAGGCCGCCAAGGUUCAAGCCCGUACCGAGUCCCCGGCUCCCAGCACCGAGUCUGCCCCCACCGACAAGGUAGCUGAGGCUCAGGACGAUGCUUUCGAAAGCCCUUACAUCAAGGAGCUGCAAAAGAACAUUCGCAACACGGCCAAGAAGCUGACCAACGCCUCCAAGACCGAUUCGCUUCUCGCCCAGCACCCCGGCAAAUCUCUCGAUGAACUCGUCGCCGAAAAGAUCCUCAAUACCGACCAAAAGACCCAGAUUCAGAAGAAGCCUGCUCUCCAGGCUGCCCUGGCCCAGUAUGAGGAGCAGCUUGCUCAAUACCAGAAAAUCCACGAGCAGUACCAGACACGAACGGCGGCCGAAAAGGCAGAAUGGGCCAAGUCUCUCGAGAAGACCAAGGAGGAGGCGAUCAGUGAAGCCAAGGCUGAUUCUGAGAGCUCUCUCAAGUCCAAGCUUCUUGUUCUGUCACAAUUCUUGCGUCUGGCAGCCUACCGCCGCGAGGAAUCUCAGGAGCCGGACUCGGAUGAGAGCCAAGCCAUUGAGGGCGUGCUGCUUGCCAUUUACUCUGGCGAUGAUAAUGCCGUCUCAGCCAUGCAGAAGCUGAUUGAGGGAUCUGACGACCAAAUCUUUAGCGUCCCUGGAGAGCAGCUCCAAACAACUUAUGCCUCCGUCAAGACACUGGCAGAAAACUACAACGCCCCAGCCUAUACCGAGGCUGCAGCUGAAGAACAGCCAGCAGCCGAGAUUGUGUCCGACCCGACCAUUGCAAACGAGGCCGCAACUGAGAUUGCAGCCGGAGACGGCAUCCUGGCCAACGGUCAUGGACAUGUGGAACCCGAGCCUGCUUCCAACGGUCUUGCUAAUGCCAACGUUGCGGAUGAGGCUGCCAAUGCAGUUGCUGAGAGCCACUGGGAUACCAGCAACCACGACAUCUCCCUUUCCCAGGAGUGGGUUCAUGUAGGAGCCAUCCCUGCCGAGACAACUGAGCUUGAGCCUGAGCCUAGCGUGGAGGCCGCUACCCCUGAUGCUAAGAAGCAAUCUUGGGCUGACGACCACCCUGAUCCCGUCGCUGAGGCUCCAUCUGCACCAGCCGAUGCCAACGAUGGAUUCCACCAGGUCCAGCGCAACCGGGGACGACAGGACCGUGAGGGCAGUGGAGGACGUGGACGCGGUCGUGGUGAAUGGCGCGGCCGAGGUGGCUUCCGAGGAGAUGGCCGUGGACGUGGCCGAGGACGCGGUGAUCGAGGUGGUGACCGUGGCGGAGUCCCUUUCCGGGGACCUCGCCGCAACGAGUCGUAGAGCUCCGGCUCACGGUUCGUGGGUAAGUUCUGAUCUCUUGCUUCUCUGCACACCCGUUGGAGGUGAUUUGUACAUUACGACAUGAUGGCGUUACCUGGUUUCUCCGGCCGUGUUGGCGGAGCUGAGUUAAGGCGACUUUUAGGCAUUGCAUUGGAACUUGUCAAAAAGGCAGGUCUCGGGUUCUUUUUGGCGGAAGGGGAUGGUUGGGGCGGCUUCUUUCAAUAAGCACCUUUGUAAAUCCCUCAUGGCUCUUAGGAAGUGCAGCAUCUUUGAAGCAGGCUACUGGUAUUCAUAGGUAGUAGAAAACUAUAUAACAAAAAGUUUGCCCACGAAACAUUGUUGCAACUCUACUUGUCUACAUGCUUUCUUCC